GAUGGUGGUGAUGGCAAUGGUGGUCAUGGCGGUGCAGGUCCAGACGACGGGUUGGUCUGAACGAGCCGUGGGCUCCUGUCACCGCGUCCGCACGUCAGACUCCGACAUCCCGAGUGGCAUUUCCUCCGACACGCAAUGCUUUUUUUUAGAGGGGACAAUGUGUGCUAAGAUACUUGUGGUAAACAUUUGAACAAGCCGACAUGACUGUCAAGGCAGCGCCGUGCAGGGAGGUGAAGCGAACCCAAAUCGGAGCCAUCCGUGGCGGCGCCUUCAGCGGCCUUCACAAUCUCAGGAAAGUGAACAUCGUUGACAACAGCGUCUUGAAGACUGUGGCCGACUUUGCGUUCUCCCGCCUUCCUCGUCUGGCCGACGUCUUCAUCUCGGAAAACAGCGCAUUGGAGUCAAUCGGAGCGUUUGCCUUCUCGGAUCUCCCCGAACUAAACGAGCUGACCAUCGCCAAGUCCAAACAUCUGACGUACAUCCACAGAGAUGCCUUCAAGGACCUUGUCAAGCUGCAACGUCUGAUCAUCUCCAACACGGGCAUCAUGACCUUCCCGGAUUUCUCCAAGAUGCAGUCAGCCGCUGACUUACUGCUCGACCUGCAUGACAACAUCCGCGUGCAGGAGGUCCCCGCCAACGCCUUCAACGGCGUUUGCACGAGGGCCAUCAGAGAAAUACGGCUGACCAGGAACGGCAUCAGGACGGUGGCAAGAGACGCCUUCAACGGCACAAAGAUGCACAGAUUGUCGCUGAAAGGCAACCGGCAACUUAGUCACAUCCAUCCAAACGCCUUUGCGGGUUCCAGUGAGUUGGUCUCCCUCGACAUUUCCCAAACGGCGCUGAGCUCGCUCCCGCAGGCCAUCUUGGGCAACCUGCACAGUCUCAUCGCCGAGUCGGCGCUUGGCCUGAAGGAACUUCCUCCUCAACGCGCCUUCGGCAGGAUGCGGGAGGCCCGCGUCACCUACCCGUCGCACUGCUGCAUCUUCCGCCACGUGCACAGGAACAGUUCCAAGGAUCCGCUGUGCUCGCUGCCGGAGGCCCGUGAGCACCCGGCUUUCUUAUGGGACCACUGCUUGGAGGACUACAACGCCACCUGCAGCCCGGCCCCUGACGACUUCAACCCUUGCGAGGACAUCAUGACCGGCGUCCCGCUGCGGGCCCUCAUCUGGGUGGUGUCCGUGCUGGCUCUGCUCGGGAACAUUCUCGUGCUGCUGGUCUUGUUAGGCAGCGCAUCCAAACUGACAGUGCCGCGCUUCCUCAUGUGUCACCUGGCGUUCGCCGACCUGUGCAUGGGCGUCUACCUCUUGGUCAUCGCCGCCACGGACGCGCUUACCCGGGGGCACUACCACAACCACGCCAUCGAUUGGCAGACGGGCCCGGGAUGCGGGGCCGCCGGAUUCUUCACCGUGUUUGCCAGCGAGCUGUCGGUCUUCACGCUGACGACCAUCACGCUGGAGCGCUGGCACACAAUCACGUACGCCCUGCGUCUGGACCGCAAGUUCCGCCUUCGGCACGCCUGUGCGGUCAUGACGGCCGGGUGGAUCUUCUCCUGCCUGGCCGCCACCGUGCCCACGAUGGGGGUCAGCAGCUACAGCAAGGUGAGCAUCUGCCUCCCGAUGGACGUGGAGUCGGUGUGGUCGCAGGUGUAUGUGGUGUCUCUGCUGCUGCUCAACAUGGCGGCGUUCGCCUGCGUGUGCGCCUGCUACCUCAGCAUCUAUCUAGCGGUGCGCCAGCCGUCUGGCGCGCCGGCCCGCGCCGACGCCCGUGUGGCGCAGCGCAUGGCCGUGCUGGUGUUCACCGACUUCCUGUGCAUGGCGCCCAUCUCCUUCUUCGCUGUGUCGGCGGCGCUCAAGCGACCGCUCAUCACCGUGUCGGACGCCAAGCUGCUCCUGGUGCUCUUCUACCCCAUCAACUCGUGCGCUAACCCCUUCCUCUACGCCUUCUUCACGCGUGCGUUCCGCCGCGACUUGGUCCUGCUGGCGGCUCGCUUUGGCCUGUGCAAGGCACGCGCCCACGGCUACCGCGCCGACAGCUCGUCGUGCCAGCAGCCCAAGAGCGGCCCCGUCAACAUGGGCUUGACGGCGGCCGGCAGCGGUGACAGACGACCGUACCGCAUUGGUCACCUGUGACAUCUGGGGUCCUCUGGAGCCUGUGACCUGCAUGUGUCAAGCAUGUAAAACCUUCAAGGACUGGCGUUUGCUCUCUGUACCUUAUGUGACGUAAGGACCUUUAAAAGGACAGCAUACAAGUACUGAUGAAUUGUUUGCCGUGGCGGUUUUACACUGAAUGACUCCCUGGGCGAGACUAUUUCUGAGCGCCCUGCCCCCUAGGAAAUUGUAUACUUUUCACGUGGUGGUGGGGGGGAGGUUGACUUAGUAGGACUGCUGUUAGAAUUAGUACCCCCUCUAAUGAAUUAUUUGUGUACGGAUGUUUUGUUUCUGUCUGAAGCAGACAAGAAGAUGGCUGUUACUAUGCGUUUUAUUCAAGCCCUUUUUUUUUUUAUCACCAUUAAAGCAAAGUAAAAAACUUCA